UUUAUUCAAGCGUCCACAGUUCUUUCCCUUUUUGUCCUUAUCAUGGCCAGAAAUUUUCUCAUGUUCUUCUCUGCUUUCCUCUUUCUCUCCAUUCCAGUAUCAUCCCAACUCAAUGAAAAUGAACUUUAUUUUCCAGGAUUCAAAGAUUUGAGCGCCAACCUAACCUUAAGUGGAGGUGCAAAAAUUGAGAAAAAUGGUAUUCUUGGCUUAACAAACGAUACCAUUUUUGACUUUACAAGCGAUAUCGUUAAACAAUUACAAGGUCAAGCCUUCUAUAGCUUGCCGAUCCAGUUCAAGAACUCGACAAAUGGAGAAGUCUUUUCUUUCUCUUCCUCAUUUGCUCUAGGUAUCGUCCCUUCCUAUCGAGAAUUUCGGGGCCAUGGCAUGGCUUUCACCAUCUCACCAUCUAAAGAGCUCAGAGGUUUUUCAGCUCAGUACCUAGGCCUCUUUAAUGAAACCAACAUGGGAAGCUUAUCAAAUCAUUUAUUUGCGGUUGAGUUUGAUACGAUUCAAAAUACCGAGUUUCUAGACAUCAACGACAACCAUGUUGGCAUCGACAUCAACAGCUUGGCGUCGAAUAUCUCUUCCGCUGCAGCCUACAUCGAUGACAGUUCAACUAAACAAAAUUUGAGUCUCAUUAGUGGAAAACCAAUCCUGGCUUGGAUCGAUUACGAUGCAUCUGAAAAUUUGUUAAAUGUCACCAUCUCUCCACAUUCUUCCAAACCAAGAUUGCCCCUCUUGUCUUUUAACGUCAAUCUUUCACCAAUCUUUCAUGAGUUCAUGUAUAUUGGCUUCUCUUCUUCAACAAGUUCUAUUGGUGCUUCUCAAUCUCAUUAUAUUUUAGGCUGGAGUUUUAAAAUCAAUGGAGAAGCUACAGCUCUUGAUCUCUCUUCUCUUCCGUCAAUUCCGGACAACGAAAAGCAGACAGGUUUGACGAUUUGCCUUUGAAUAUUGAAUAGUAAUAUGUUAUUCUACGUCAUCAAGAAAAUCAGUAAUGCU